ACAUGUGCAUCUUCAUUUUAUAAACAAACACAUACACACUUCAUAGAGAGAAAGCUCAUAUCUCAUCAAACCCACCAAAGCUUCUCAUAUAACGAAGGAAGAGAUGUCGAUGGAAGAAAAACUUGUGGUUAAGGAGCUGGAGCAAGGGAAAGAGUUAGCGAAUCAGCUGAUGAAUAGUUUGAACAACCCUUCCUCGCCUUCUAAGGAAUCAAACGAGAUUUUGAUCUCGGAGAUCCUCCGUUGUUUCGAAAACACAAUACAUAUGAUGGUGAAUCUUGGCAAGAAAACUCUCAAGAGAAGCCAUGAGAGAAGUGAUCAGAGUAACAAGAAGAGGAGAAUAUUCGAGAAGAAGAAGACAGAGGAAGUAGAGAUUUGUGUCGGAACAGGACAAGAAGGAACUCCACUUGAUGAUGGUUAUUGCUGGAGAAAAUAUGGUCAGAAAGAUAUUCAUGGAUCCAAGUAUCCUAGAGGAUACUAUAGAUGUACACAUCGGUUGACAAGAGGUUGCUUGGCAGUGAAGCAAGUUCAAAAAUCAGACACAAACCCUUUGUGCUAUGAAGUCAAGUAUGUAGAGAGUCACACAUGUGACAUCACUCCAUCAACCACCAAACACUCUAUUCCUGUCUUCCAAGAACAAAAGCUACAUGAUGCAAAGCAAUCUGAUGAUAAUGACACGGUGAAACACAUGAAGCCUGAAGAGUUGAUGAUAAGUAUCGAAGAUCUUGAUUACAAGAAGGAGAUUUUCAGGACGUUUUCAUUCUCAAACCCUGAGAUUGAUGAUUUCCUCGAAUGGAACGACCUGAUGGAGAAUCUGUCUCCUACAACAUCAGAAUCUGGAAUCACCAACGAGUUUCAUGUUUCGCCAACGGAUGAUUCAUGUUUCUCUUCUUUGGAAAACAUUCUCGGUUCAACUCACGAUUUGUCGUGGAUGUAAUGCAUACUUCUUAGUUCUUACUGUGUAGAACGUUUAGUUAUAGACUUUUAGUCCUAGUUUUACGAGUGGACGAGCAUGGUUCUUCCUCUGUUUUUUUUAGACCAGUGUGAUACUUAAGACAAAAUAUUACACAAUAAUCUAUGUGAUGUCAUGGGACGUUUUCUUUGA